GUGAUCAAUUCACCACUGUUAGGUGAUAGCUAAUGCUUAUGACGCCACUACCAACAGUUGAAACCGCAUUUUCUUUGCUCCUCCAGCAAGAAAGGCAGAAUAUGGACCCCAAUGAGUGCAAGGCCCUGGUCGUGGCUGGUCUAAAUCAAUCCUCUCAUGAAUUUGCACUAGCUGGAAGAGGAAGAGCUGCUAGAGGCAGAAGGGGAAGAUCCGGAUCAGGAAGAAGUGGAAGAGGUUUCAAGCAAUGCACAUUUUGGGGUAGAAGCAAACACAUUGAGAAUGUGUGUUACUGUAAACCUGGCUUUCCACCUCAUAUGAAAGACAAUGGAAGGGAAAGUGUGGUCAAUAAUGUGACAAUUGGCACUACUGAUGAAGUAAAUGAGAAAUUCAGCAAAUCCGCUGGGAUAGUGAAUGGGAGUUCUGAAGUCAACUUCUCAACAGAACAGAAGCUUGCACUAUUGGCUCUCUUGGAUCAACAAAGAUCAACAAGCACCACUCACAAUGUCAAUCAAGUUCUCACACUCCCAUCCACACCAGUGAGAUACAGGAUUGUCUCUCCAAGAAAAUGAUUGGAGUAGCUGAACAAAGACGAGGACUCUAUGCAUUUGAAAAUUUGAAAACAGUAGCAUCAACAACGAUGAAUUCAGCACUGACAUCAAUAGGAAUGCUUGGGAGCUCAAGUACAUUAGGCACUACAAAAGCAUGACAUCUUAGAUUAGGUCACAUUCCCAUUCAGAGAUUAAAUGUAAUGUAAACAAAAUACGAUUUCAUUGAUAAUAAGGGUGAUGUAAACCCAUGUGACUCAUGUCAUUUUGCAAAACAAAAAAGAAUUUCUUUUCCUUUUA